AUGGAGAAGAUCGCUUCCAUAAACAUAAAACCGUUUAGCAGUGAGGUUUUGACACUAUUUACCUUGUACUUUAUAGUUGGAAUACAAUACGCAAAUGUAAACUGGGUGUUGGCUAGCUGGAUAAUUAGGAUUCUUAUGCUUGUGAAUUUCCUUUACCAAGUAAGACUCUUAUUGCGAUUGAUUUCCAUCAACAGAAGCGACGGGAAGUCUGCUUUGAAUGAUAUAAAUAUCAAAACUAUGAUGAAGCUAUUCUGCAUAGCUGUUCUAACAAUAUACUUUCUCAGGGCAAUUGUUGCAUUCAAAACUGGAAAGGCUGGAAUCCACAAGUGUGCCAUUUUUGUGUCGAUGGGAUAUCUACUGCCAAAUGCUUGUGAGACAUUGAAUUCCACUACUCCUUAUUCUGCCAGUAAGACUAUAUUUUCAUCUUUGACUAUUCUGAUCAUUGGAACAGCACUGGCAGUUGAUUUUCUGAAUCACGGAAGAGAAGGAAUUCCCUCAGAGAUUUCCUAUCUGGUGGGUGUUGUUCUGAUGGCAAUGGAGUCGACUAUCAAGAGAAAGGUUGAAGAGAGAAUGGAGAGAGUUCCGUUUAGAUUUGAAAAGUUUUCACUACCAAUAACUUUUUUGUUUUUGAUCGUGGUAUCUUUUCCCUUUUUAUAUCCAAUAGCAAAGAGAUGCAUUGUUCUCUUUUUUGAAUGGAUCAUUGCAAUCGAAAAUGAGGAGCACAGCUCAAAAAAGAAGGGCUCCUCCCUAUCGGAGGAAGAGGCCAAGAUCCUUGUUCUAGAAUAUGCAAAGAAGAUAAUUCCAUCUAUUGUAAAGAAGAUAUUGCAGGAGUAUAUUCCCAAUUUUAAAAACAUCGUUAGGGAAAAGAUCCAAGAGUAUGUUCCUCAAGAACUUGGAAGUACCAUUAAGAAUAAGGUUCAAGAGUAUGUUCCUCAAGCACUUGGGAGUCUUUCCAAAGCCUCGAAAUCUUUUUAUGGAUGGUGGACAAAGCCUCCCAGAGAAGCCCCGUUGUCUGACGAAUUUGAUUGA